AUGGGUUGUAAACAAUGGACAUUAGCGACUGCCACAUUUCUCCUUUUGAUUUUAUCCUUCUGGUCAUUUAUUAACGCAAUUUUACUUUGUAUUAGUAAAUAUUUGUAUACUGAUAUUCAUCUUUUUAUACCACAUACACGUGAUCGUUCUUUUCAAGCUAUAAAAGCGACUACUCAAAAUACCAUAACUGUUGUGAAUACUUCGCUAUUUGUUUAUUAA